AUGGAUAGCGCCAGAGCAACAGCUCAGACACGCCUGGAUGCAGAAGGUUUCUGGCAAGUGUGGCACCGCUUGGACACAGAGGAAACAGGCUACAUAGAAGAGAAAGAACUCGAUGCUUUCUUUUAUCAUAUGAUGAGGAAAUUGGGUACUGAUGAUGCAGUCCUGGAAGACAGUGUGCAAAAGGCAAAGCAGCAAUUUCUGAUCACCCGAGACAUCUCUAAAGAUGGCCGUGUGCCGAUGAAAGAGGUUGCCAGAAUGUUCUUGUCUGAGGAUGAGAACUUUCUUCUGCUCUUUCGUUGGGAAACCCCCUUGGACAGCAGUGUGGAGUUUAUGCAGAUUUGGCGCAAAUAUGAUGCAGACAGCAGUGGCUUUAUAUCAGCAGCCGAACUCUGCAACUUCCUCCGGGAUCUUUUCCACCAGCAUAAGAAGCUCAUUUCUGAGGCUAAACUGGAAGAAUACACAUGCACAAUGAUGAAGAUCUUUGACAAAAAUAAAGAUGGUCGGUUGGAUCUUAAUGACUUGGCAAGGAUUCUGGCUCUUCAGGAAAACUUCCUUCUGCAAUUUAAAAUGGAUGCCUGUUCUACUGAAGAAAGGAAGAGAGACUUUGAGAAAAUCUUUGCCCACUAUGAUGUCAGUAAGACUGGAGCCCUGGAAGGCCCAGAAGUGGAUGGGUUUGUCAAAGACAUGAUGGAGCUUGUUCAGCCGAGCAUCAGCGGGCCGGACCUUGAUAAGUUCCGGGAGAUUCUCCUGCGCCACUGUGAUGUGAACAAGGAUGGAAAAAUCCAGAAAUCUGAGUUGGCUUUGUGUCUUGGGCUGAAAAUCAACUCCUAACAGUUUUGCCUUUUGUCGCUGAACUGUUUCUGUGUUUCCAUUGUAUCUGUGUUUGCUGCUGGUGGCACAAUAUUCAAACUUCCUCACAGCCUUGUUUUUCUUGGGCAAGGGUUGGCCUCCAGGCCUUUCUUCCUACUGACCUGAUAUAGUCCUGCCUCUGUGAAAGUCCUCUCUCCUGACCCACAUCCCAUCCAAGUAUCUGUAGUGUUUCUCCUUGGCUCCGAGUUUUGCUGUCCCCCUAAAGACUUGACCCUUGUCCCUCCCAGCAUGUUGGGGAUGAUUUCAUCUGCCUAGCCUAUGUGCCUCUGUGGGCUUUUACUGGGUCUGAGUAGUAAAGGGGCAUCUAUAGCAGCUCUGUAGCUUUUUCCAGUAGAUGUGUGGGUGCAAAUAAAAUGUGCA